UUCGCCUUUCCAGCAGGUCGAAUUGUCGGACUCUAUCGACGCCUAUGGGAGUCGUGCGUGUCCAAACACAUCGAUGGCCAGAACCUAGAGCAGAGCAAUCAGAUCUUGAAGGAGGCUAGCAGACACCUGACUAAAGAGAGGGACGGACUUCAGCUUCGCCACGACAAGCAGCUGUCUCGGCUGCGCUUCUUUGAGCAGGCACUGGAAUCAUCUCGGGGUCGAUUGACUAGGAUCCUCGAUGACUGGGAUCACCCUUGCAGACUCAAUCUACCAGGGUUUUUGGACAACGCAAGAGAAGAGUGA